AGACGGCACUUUCUUUUAUUAGUAUUACAGAUACCCUCCCCAUUGUUUGCGUUUACUGCUUUCGCUGACACUCGUUUACUCAUUGUUGUUUUCUUUCUUUCCUUCAACCUCCCGUCACUCACCUGUCUCUUUUUCGAUUCGUACUCGGCGCUUUCUCCCGCCACUGCUUAUCUUUUUCAUUCACUUUAAUUGACAUUUCGGGUCAAUUUAAUCGUGAUUGGGCGAAAGAAGCGGCGGUUCUUUAUAUAUAUACGGACGCUCCUUUCUGACUUGCGACGCUACCGCAUCAUUCUUAAUAUUGCUCUCCCUCUCUCUUUCUUUUGGAGGCACACAUAUAUAUUCGUCUUUACCCGAUACGAUUGCCCUGUGCUGUUCUCAAAGCGCAAACGCGAAGAGAGAAACAGAAACAGAAGAACGCGGAAGACGUUUACGAAAGCAACCACCCCCCUCUCCCUCUCCCUCUCCUCCUUCAAGAAAAGAAAAAAAAUGACGCGUAUUUUCCGUUGCGUACUCCUCGCGCCGGUCGUGGUGCUGGUGCUGGCACUCCUCACCUCCUCCGUCACCGCGGACUUCACUGAGGCGCGGUUCAGGGCCACUUACUUGUUCCUCAGUGCCUUUCCGUACGCCCUCCCAUCUCUCCAGUCCACCUGGCGCGCGAUGGAGUUCUGCAGCUGGCCCGGCGUCGCGUGCGACAACUCGAGCGCGAUCACCUACGUCAGCGUGAACCUCGCCGGCCAAAACCUGCAGGGGAGGAUGCCGUCCGUUGCGAACGAAGUCACGGGCUACAACCUGCCAGUGGUGUCGGUCGACCUCUCCAACAACCCCGGCAUCACCGGCCCUUUCAAUGACGACUGGGCGGCGCUCAUGUAUGUCACGCACAUCGACCUCAGCUACACCCACCUCCAAGGCUCACUCCCUGACUCAUGGAACAGAAUGGUGAAUCUAGCUACGUUGAAGAUUACCUACACCUUCGCGUGCAAGGGACUGCCCAACUGGAACAUCGCCUCACUGCGCACCGUCGACCUCUCGCACAACCGCCUGCGAGGCGUCCUGGCCAGCUCAUGGAGCAAUAUGACGGGCCUGACGUCUGUGGACAUCAGCGGCAACGACUUCUGCGGCUGCGUGCCGAGCACGUGGAGUUCUUCAGCCGUGCUGACGAACGCCGCGGCCGCCGUCGGGAACAAAGUUGUCGCGUCGAACUGCGAGUCUGCGAACAAGUGCACCAGCUCUCAUUACAUGUGCACAAGCGCUGCAGCAGCACCCGCCUCCGUGGCGCUGUUGGCUGGCCUACUCCUGUCGUUCCUUGUAGCUAUUGCUGCUCUGUAG